CGUCGCGCAUUCUCAGGUCACGGGAAUGACGUGCGUGAACGUUCCCAGGGCUGCUGAAGGCAACGUCAGCGGUUAUUUCAGUGUCUGCUGAAUGCAUUCUCUAAAUUUAGUAAAUUCUAAACUGAGCUCACCAAAACAUGGACAGCUAUGGGUUCUCCAGCGAUAUGUUCAGUGGCAGAGCUGUUCUGGGGGAGGACAGCUCCGUCAUGGCUCGAAUGCAGAAGAAGUUCUGGAAAACCAAGCAAGUUUUGAUCAAGGCCACAGGGAAAAAGGAAGAUGAGCAUGUGGUGGCUUCUGACGCAGAUCUGGAUGCCAAAUUAGAGUUUUUUCAUUCAGUCCAGAGCACCUGCACAGAACUUCUGAAAAUGAUUGAGAAAUACCAGCAAAGAAUCACACACCUCUCUCAGGAGGAGAAUGAACUCGGGCUGUUCCUGCGCUUUCAAGCAGAACAUGAUAAAACAAAAGCAGGCAGUAUGAUGGACGCCACCAGUAAAGCCCUCUGUUGCUCCGCCAAGAAAAGACUGGCUUUGUGUCCCCCUCUCUAUCGGAUGGAACAGGAAGUGGAGACGUUCCGGAGGAGAGCCAUCGCCGACACUCUGUUGACAGUGAGCCGGAUGGAGAAGGCUCGGACAGAGUACCGCGGAGCUUUGCUCUGGAUGAAGGAUGUCUCGCAAGAACUGGACCCAGACACUUACAAACAACUGGAGAAAUUCCGUAAGGUUCAGGCUCAAGUAAGAGGAACAAAAGUGCAUUUCGAAAAGCUGAAAAAUGAUGUGUGUCAGAAAGUGGACAUGCUGGGAGCCAGUCGCUGCAACAUGCUUUCACAUUCUUUAUGCACAUACCAGACAACCCUCCUACAGUACUGGGAGAAGACCGCACAUGUGAUGUCUGGCAUCCAUGAAGCCUUCAAAGGAUAUGUGCCCUACCAGUUCACCACCCUCAAAGAGCUGAGGGACCCAUUGGACCAGAUUGCAUCCGGACAGCCAGCAGAGGACAGCAAAGAGGAGGACAACAAGUCACAUCCAGACAAUCUGGUGUCACUUGAAGAUGAACAAUUGGGUGACUCAUCUGAGACCGUUUCCACCCGUGCUGUGGAUGGACAGAGCAGAGGGUCUGACAGUUCUUUGUGUGCCAGUCUGGACUCUGCUUUUAAUGAACAGUUAGGCCCCAUCCGUGAAGCUAGCGUGGACGAUGACCUGCUACUCAUGACCUCAGACCCUGCCCCCAUAAUGACUCUGACCCCUUCCCUUACUGCAACCCUGAACCCAGCCUUGCCUGCUGUACAACCCCAAAUACCGCAAUGGGAUUUAAACACCUCAGAGGAGGGAAGGCAAGAAGGCAGGGACCUGAUGUCUGAUGUUUUACACGCUGGAGAAGUGAAAGAAGAGGAUGUAGAGAGAGGCGAUCUGUCAUUCUUGCAGGAUCUGCUCAGUCCUGGGGCUGCGGGGGGCGCUAGUGAGUUCAGUAAGGCGUGGCAGGACGCUUUUGGCUGUUUCGAGGCUCCUUCUGCUCCCGUCACUGCCGCUUCACAGCAGACGGCAACAGCAAACACACACACUGGCUUCCUGCCAUCUCAUCUCCUGGACCACAGCCUCAGCACCACAGGAUGGGCAACACCCCCUAUGUUUCAAGCCCCACCCCUCCAACCACCAUCUAGUGGAGGACAAACUCAGCCCACCCAGAAUAGCCCAAACUCUUCUGUCAAUGCCCCUAACGGAAGCUCCAGGGAUAUGUCUGCAUGGUUCAACCUCUUUGCAGAUCUGGACCCUCUGUCCAACCCUGACGCUAUUGGACGCAGUGAUGAGGAGCUUCUUAAUGCCUGAGUGAGCGAAGACGUGAAGUUGGAGCCCAUCCAAAACAGUUCUGUGUCCAUUAGAAUGAAGGAAAUGAGCACAUAUCCCAAAACCUCUGUCUGGAGCUGGAACGCUACCUCUCCUAAACAAAUCAACCUGAGCCACGGACGGAUCCAGAAAUCUGAAUCCAGUUAUGGGAAUAUGUCUCUUCUUUCUCGUUCUUUCAGUGUGUGUGUGUGUGUUUUGUGUGAGUGACUCUACUGUAUGUUUAUUAAUACACGGAAGGGAAAAGCUUUGAAGACUUCACUAUAUAUGUAUAUCACUAUAUCUGAGUUUUGUUACAUGGGAAAGUAUCCUCAUGAAGUGCACAUCUGCAAAGGGAAAUAAAGAUUUGAAGGCUGUAAGUAGAUCAAAUGCGGGACCAAAAUAAUAGUGUAUAAAUAUCUCUCCUUUGUACAACAGAAACGUUUUAAAUGUCCAGAAACAGGGUUACAGAUUUAUCACACGGUUUUUUAAUCAUGAGAUACCCAAAGUUCACAUGCAUCACAAAUAAUUAUUUUUGGAGACACUGGAUGGCUUAACUCUAAUAAUAAAACAGAUGAAUUAAAUUAUUUAUUACCAUAACAAAAAUAUUUCUAUGAACUACAUAUGCAAGUCGUUUGCUGUGCCAUUAGCUUGGGAGGUGAAAAGGUGAAAUUUUGAUUUAAUAAGACAUUUUAAUAAGAAUUUUAUCCUGACGUUCUUCACAGUCACUGUGCUGAAACACGAGUGGAUUUCGUGUGCUUGUGUUGUGUUUGUGUCACAUUUCAUUUUAUUCCAUGUUAUCGAUCUAAAACUACGACAAAUUUGGUCUUUUCUAUUGCUUUGUAUUAAAAACACAAAUUGUCGCUUGCACUAAACUGUCUCCGAGUAAUAUCUCGGAUGGUUAUAGAAUGUAUCUUGUCUUUUUGAAUAGUGGACUUGAGAAUGUAACCCUGAAACAUUUAUAUUAAACAUGAAUAUCACUCCGUA